AUGCCCGCCGAGUUGGUUCUCGCCGUCGUGGCAGCCGCUGACCUAUGUCUCAAAUACGGCAAGGCUCUCACGGUCGUCUACCGAGACAUCAAAGGGGCUGAAGAAGGCGUGAGAUCCAAGCUGCUGCUUGUGGAGGCCAUAUGGAGCAAGACCGCCACCCAAGUCGACUUCCUCAAGAGGGUCGCCGGCGUCCUGGAGGAGGAGCACUGCCGCAUCCACCUUGAGAUCCUGCAGGUCCUCCAGGGCAAGCUGAACAUCUCGAUAUCCAAGAUCGAAUCCGUCGUCAAGGGCGGCAGCUCGGGUUCCGAAGUCAAGCGGUGGAAAUACGCCCGCCUCCGCGAGGCCAUCGACGACUCCAUCUCGGAGCUCCAGCAGUGGCAGAGCAUCUUCGACCCGACCUGGUAUCUCAUCCUGCGCAUGGGGAACAGGUUCAUCGACGACGAGCUGUCGAAGCAGUCCGACGAGUUGGCGGUGGAGACCCUCUCGCUGCAGACAUCGUCCACGUCCAGCUCGGGGAACUCAGCCCUCGCAUCCGCGCAGGACCUCCGUCAUACUUUGAAGGGGGACGGGGGCUCCGCCAUGCACAUCUCCCUACCGGAGAACGGUCUGGAAUGGGAAACCGCGCGGGAGGUCGAGUACUCGACCACCAUUCUGGUCAAGCGGCAGGGCUCCGACAGGGUGUUCGCGGUCGACACGAUAUCCUGUCGUGCCGAAUACGACAUCCUCCGCGUCAGGACGGACGCCGAGGGAAUGGCCAAGAAGCUGAAGCGGGACGACAUCGGCAUCUUCGGGCUCCUCUCCUGCAAGGGCGUCGUGAAGCGGAAAGACGCCGACACCCGGCGGCUGGCCUCGCUGAGCCUUGUCUUCCAGCUUCCUUCCGCCUUUCACAACACAGCCGUGACGCCGGUCAGUCUGCGGACCCAUCUCCUGCAGGAGCGGUCGUUCAGCGUGAGCCGCGUGCUGGACGUCGCGAAGCAGCUGGCGAGGGCGGUCAGCUUCGUCCACACGGUCGACUUCGUGCACAAGAACAUACGCCCCGAGACGAUCCUCGUCUUCCCGGACCACGACUCUGGGUCGCCCUCGGAGCUGGGCUCGGCCUUCCUCCUGGGCUUCGACUCGUUCCGUAAUAUCAACUUCCAUACGCUGAAAAUGGGCGACGAGGCGUGGGAGCGGAACCUUUACCGACACCCGAGCCGCCAGGGGCUCCAGGCCCAGGAGGCCUACAUCAUGCAGCACGACGUGUACAGCCUCGGAGUAUGCCUUCUCGAGAUCGGGCUUUGGGAUAGCUUUGUCCAGUACGGCUCUCCCCUGGACGACGAAACGAAGCGAGAAAAGGUUCCAGUCCCGGGGAGGAGGCUGAGUGACGGGCUUGAAAGUGUUCUAUGUGAGGAUGGAGACAUCGCCGGGAAGAUGAAGGUCAAGGAUGAGCUGGUCAGCCUCGCAAGGUCUCGCUUACCGCUCUGCAUGGGCAGCCGGUACGCGGCUGUGGUGGUUACGUGUCUCACGUGCCUUGAUGAGGACACUGAGGAGUUCAGGGGCGAGGAUAUGCAAGAUGAGGAUGGCAUCUUGGUCGGGGUGCGGUUCAUCGAGAAGGUGCUCGUACGACUCGGUGAGAUUGUGAUCUAG